GGAGUCAUGAGCAGGGAAAAUCCUGUGAGAUUCAGCACAGACCAGAAAGAGAGCAAGGAAACCAGCCAGGGGAGAAAAUGGGUAAAUUUAUUUCCUGUCGGGGAACUCAGAAGAGCGUCAAGGAAACCACAACACAGCAGGAAAUCGUCAUGGGAAAGAGGAAAAAUACAUGCACUGAGUGUGGGAAAACCUUCACUUGCAGCUCAGACCUUUCUCAACAUCAGAGAAUCCACACAGGGAAGAAGCCCUAUGAAUGCCAUGAGUGUGGGAAAACCUUCACUUACAGAUCAAAUCUUCUUAAUCAUAAGAGAAUCCACACAGGGGAGAGGCCCUAUGAAUGUCGUGAGUGUGGGAAAAGCUUCACUCGCAGCUUGCACCUUCUUAUCCAUCUCAGAAUCCACACAGGAGAGAGGCCCUUUGAAUGCAGUGAGUGUGGGAAAAGCUUCACUCGCAGUUUUCAGCUUACUAGGCAUCAGAGAAUCCACACAGGGGAGCGGCCCUAUGAAUGCCGUGAGUGUGGGAAAAGCUUCACUUGCAGCUCAAACCUUUCUCAACAUCAGAGAAUCCACACAGGGAAGAAGCCCUAUGAAUGCCAUGAGUGUGAGAAAAGCUUCACUAGCAGCUCAGGCCUUUUUCAACAUCAGAGAAUCCACACAGGGGAGAGGCCCUUUGAAUGCAGUGAGUGUGGGAAAAGCUUCACUCAGAGCUUUUGCCUUACUAGGCAUCAGAGAAUCCACACAGGGAAGAAGCCCUAUGUAUGCAGUGUGUGUGGGAAAAGCUUCACUCACAGCUUUUGCCUUUCUCAACAUCAGAGAAUCCACACAGGGGAGAGGCCUUUUGAAUGCAGUGAGUGUGAGAAAAGCUUCACUUGCAAGUCAAGCCUUAUUACCCAUCUCAGAAUCCACACAGGGGAGAGGCCCUAUAAAUGCAGUGAGUGUGGGAAAAGCUUCAGUUGCAAUUCAAACCUUAUUAUGCAUCUCAGAAUCCACACAGGGGAGAGGCCCUAUAAAUGCAGUGAGUGUGGGAAAAGCUUCAUUGACAGCUCAGCCCUUUCUAAACAUCAGAGAAUCCACACAGGAGAGAGGCCCUAUGAAUGCAGUGAGUGUGGGAAAAGCUUCUCUAGCAGCUAUCACCUUACUAGGCAUCAGAGAGUCCACACAGGGGAGGGGCCCUAUGUAUGCAGUGAUUGUGGGAAAAACUUCAUUCACCGCCAGCAGCUUAUUAGCCAUCAGAGAAUCCACACAAGUAUGCAACCCAGUGGAAGCAGUGAGUGUGGGAAAACCUUGUCUUGCCACUGAGCCCAUGUGAGCUGUCAGAGAAUCUGCAAGGGGGAUCAACACCAUAAAACUCUCUAGGGCUAUCAAUAUUUUAAAACUUUCCUAAUUCCCACAGAGUAACUUUUAAAAGCUGUUUGAAGCACCGAUAUCCCUCAGCUUGCCCAGAUGAGUGAGUGGCCCAUUUUUGCAUUUUGCAUUUUGACCUCUUUGAGGUGGACUCAUUUGUCCUUUCUAUCAACUCCAUUCUCCCAUGAGUAAUUCUAGUGUGCCCUUCCUAUCAGGAACCAGGGAGCAUCACAUUUAUACCAGUCCUCCUAUUGCAAAGUUAUUGUUAGUCACCAGUGCUACAGAUUGUAUCAUUGCCAAUUGUUCUCAUGCUGUGCUGAAGAGCAGUUAUAAUGGGAACUUUUCAUAUUACAUUUAAAUGAGGAGCAGGGGCAGGAAAAAAGUGUCAUUUCAGCCUCUGUGGUACUGAAAGGAGAUGUAAAAAGCGACAGAGUCCUGUGGCACCUUAUAGACUAAAAUACGUAUUGGAGCAUAAGCAAUAUACAAAAACCUGUAGAAGAACACUUCAGUCUCCCUGGGCACACAGUAGCAGACUUAAAAGUAGCCAUCUUGCAGCAAAAAUACUUCAGGGCCAGGCUUCAAAGAGAAACUGCUGAGCUUCAGUUAAUCUGCAAAUU